GCACUAAACAAAGUAUAAAAUUUUUAUUUUAAACCUUCAGUUGGGAUUUUUAGUAUCCCAUUAAUUUCCUUAUUGGGCCAAACCGUAAACAGAACACGCAAAAAUUUAGUUAGAAGUUGAAAACAGAACAAAAUAAGAUGGUCAAACGUUUUCUUUAAGUUCUCUCAAGUCUUUCUCUUCGAGUUACCUAAUUUCUUUUAGAUAGUUAAAAAAUGGAAAUUUUGAAAUUUUGUUUAUUACUUUCUGUUCUCAUUGGAUUAAUAAAUUCAGGUUCUGUUCCCGGUACCCCUCCCAUCACUCACGUUACCAGAGGAUGUCAGUCUUUACGUUUUGGUGGAACAUGCGAAGAUAUUUUUAAUGAUUUGAGAAGAAGAGGUCAAGUGUUGCCUGGACAACAUACUUGUGCUACGUGUAGCAGCGACCUCUGCAAUUCAACAAAUUCUUUCAAACGAUCGUUUUCUGUAUUGUUAAUAACGUCUAUGGCCUGUAUUUUUCCUAAUAAAAUGCCAACCAGGCAGCAAACUGAGUUUGAACUAUCUCUUGUUGACGCUUUAAAAUCUGAUAGUGUAACCAAUGCAAUAUGUGGUGAUAUUAUUAAAACAAUUACCAAAAAGUUUGCAGAAAAAUUUAAUUAUUAUGAUGCGAAAAUUAAAUCUCUUGAAGCAGAGAUAGAAUUGCCAAAAUCAACAGAAAGUAAUUCCAACAAUAUUACUGAAUCCGAUGACCAACAAAAAUUAAAACAACAAAUCAAUGACGGCGUGAAAUGGGUCCACAGAUCAUGUCGUCCAUUUGACGUUUGUGCUAGAGUCGCAGUUAAAUAUAAUGAUAACAGGAACGCUUUAAUUGAUUGCACGACGUGUUCAGAUAGAGAUCUAUGCAAUUCAAGUGAAUCUAUACAAUGCUACCAAUGUACAGCAGCAAUAAAUUCGUCGAGCACCUGUGAAAGAAAUGUAUCUUCUAUGGCAUCAUUCAAUUGCACUUUACAGGGAAAUUUCACAAGUUGCGUGACAGUAAUAACUGACAAUAACAUUAGCAGAAAUUGCGCAAACGCUUCAAGUUGUCAGGCUCUAACCGGAUAUUACAAACAAUGCUCUAUUUGCAAUUCUGAUUAUUGCAACACUGACUACAUUGAAAUUCAAAAGCCUUCUAACGGAUCGCAACCUGCAGGUGCCCCUAAUAAGCCUGGAUCUGCGGGACCAUCUCCUGGAAUGGGAGGAUAUCAUCCUGGAGUAGUAUCGAAACCUGUAGGAUCAAAACCUGGAUCAGGACAAAUAAAUGAAGCUUUGAUAUUGCCUGUAAUUAUUUGCACCAUUUUUAGUAGCGUUUGGGUACACCUUCGUUGAAAUAUAAAUUAUUUAACUAUGUAAUAUGUUUUGGGAAUAAAUUAUUUUUUAAAAAAUUA